AUGGAAGACGAUACACUAAGUGAACUUCUCAUUGCACAACUCAUUGAAGAAGAUUUGCGCUCACUUCGUGCUACACAAGAAGCAGAAGCCAUCCAGCUCAAUCAGGUAGUCGCAUUAUCGGCCCAUGCAGUCGGCCAGCUUCCUGUGUUCUCGAAACUAUCCGCCUCAGAAGACGACCAACUCGUUGCAUUGGGUCUCUAUGCCGAGCAGUCGCGAUUGAGCAGUGAUGCUGUGUAUGCCCAGCAGCUGCAGCGCCAGAAUAUCGCCGAUAUGCAAUAUGCUCAGAAGGUCGCUGCAACAGAGAAAAAGCUCGUACUUGAUUCUGAGUUUGCCCGAAGGCUCCAAGCGAUGGACGAUGACGGGGAGGAUAUGGAUGAAGCAGAUGACGUCGAGAGUGUUCUUGGGCGGGAGACUAUUGAGAAUCUUAUGGCCUCAGAUCUCAAUGCGAAAGGGAAAGGCAAACCCGUGAAAAUUGAAGGCAACAUGACUUCCAAACACAUUCAGCACUCGCAGGUAGUGGUAAUCAAGAAAGAAGAGUCGAAUGACUGCAGUCUCUCGUCGCCGCACAGCACCUGUGGGAUUUGUAUGGACCCCUUUCAACCAACUUUCUCUCCCUACACUGCAUCUCUCACCGCCAAUUCUUCCAGCCGAGUACAAUUUGGCCUCCAUCUGCCCUGCCCUCAACAACACGCGUACUGCGUGGGCUGUCUCACCAAUUACAUCGAUACAAAACUGAAUCCUGACGGAAAAGCUGGUGUCGCGGGCAUCAUGAUUUUCCCCAUUCGCUGCCCCGAAUGCCCAACGGAUGAGUUUGCAGAUGGGAUUCCGGACGAUAUUGCUGCCCGCGUUAUCGGACCAGAAAAAAUGGUGAUUUGGGACCACCAGAAACUUCUCCAUUCGAUUCCGUAUAUCUAUUGCCCCAAUCCUAAAUGCUCUGCGAUCGUUCAAACACCUGAAGAAACUGAUGAUGAAGACCCUCAAGCCGUGUGCCCGUUCUGCCAGCUACUGAUGUGCGUGUCGUGUCGUGUCGCUUGGCAUCGAGAUCUCUCGUGUGAGGAGUUCCAAGCCCUCCCCCCAGAUGAAAGGUCUCCGGAAGACCGUCUUCUCAUGGAGUUGGCAAAGGCGAAGCACUGGCGACGCUGUCCAAAUUGCUCGUCGCUUGUGGAGCUUGUUUCUGGAUGCAAUCAUAUGACUUGUCGCUGCGGGACCCACUUUUGUUUCAAAUGCGGUGCCCCUUGCACAAACAAGGGUCUGUGCACCCGUUCACCGCCUUGCGAUUUGUGGGACGAGGAUAUGCUGCUGGAAGAACGAGAGCGAGAGCGAGAGCAAGCCGCCAAUGUCCCUGCUCCAGCUUAUGCACCUCAACAACCGGUGUUUAUCCCACGAGUUGAGCUGAUUCGCCCACCUGCUUAUAUCCCCGCUCCGGCGCCAGUGCUACAUCGUCGCAGUCCACUAGAGUGGAUGGAUGAUCCUGAUGUUGUUUGCAGUCGCCACUGGUUCACAACCGAAAUGAUCAACACGCUCAUCUGCGGGUACUGUAACGUCCGCUUGAACUCUCUCGCCGACUUGCGGUUCCACUUGACCCAUGUUCGCCGUCAUCCUGUCUACGCGUGUUGCGGCAGGUUCUUCAAGCACGAAAUAGACUACGAUCGGCAUGUCCAAUCGUAUGCAGCGCGGUUUCAUGGAGAUCACGUGCAUCAGAUGAGAAGAGACUGA